UGUAAAGCUGAGGUCUUUAGAUUUGAAGUAAGUCUAAAAAGAACAGCUGCAAGGAACAGCCCUUCAAAUGUGCGCCGCCGUCUGCGUGAUGGUCACGGUGCCCACGGAAGCCGAGGAACUGAAACUGUACCCCAAGCCGCUGGUUGACACAUCAUAUUGCUCCAGCUGCGGUGGUCGGGUAAGGAGCAGGUGCUCUGAGGCACCCAGUGAGGUGUGCGAACGGUGUUGGCGCUUGAGUCAAAUAGCCGGGAGCAGUGUGCUUAGCGAGGGCGUUCCAAAGGCGUACAGCUCUACGGCAGCUCCUAUGUCCCAGAGCAGGGCCCUGCAGCUGCCCAAUCUUAAGGGGGAUGCCUCUUUGGAGAAGCUGCUGCGGGCCAUUGCCAAAGAGCUGCGAUUGGAGAACGUCUUUUGGACGCACGACAUCAGCGGGAGGCAGGUGCAGGCACGCUUCGACCUCCUGCAGGACGAGCGGUACGAGAGACUGCUGUGCACGCUGCAAGAUUGGGGCGUCGGUGAUCGACCCGGCACCCAUGUGUCUGCCCUCACCUGCCUGGAAACCCGGGCUAAGCCCGUCCUGCAGGUCCCCAGACAAGACCAUGACAAUUUCGUUGAUCAGCAUCAGGAACAGGGCCAGGGUCACGGCCAGGGCUGGCAGAGCUUCAUGGACUCGGUAAGAUGUAGGCUAAAUGUCAACCAGGUGGUGCGCCAGGUUCGGCGGGAUGCCACUUUAACCUUUGACUUCGUGGUGCUGCUCAUGGCUGCCGCUCUGCUAUCGUGCGUGGGUCUGGUCGAGAAUAGCUUUCUGUUUCUCUCCAGCUCCAUGCUGAUUUCCCCCUUGAUGGGCCCCAUCAUAGCGGCCAUAUUCGGUUCAGUGAUCGGCGAUCGGGACCUGCGGUGGUUGGGUCUGAAGAACGAACUCCUGGGUAUAGCUGCGUCUGUGGCUAUUGGAUUCUUCUUUGGCGCCAUGGUCUGUGGUUUCGGUCACUUUUUCGCGAUUUCCAAGGGUCUCACGGAGGAAAUCGUCUCACGGUGCGACACGCACUCCCUUGCCAUCGGAGUAUGCACCGCCCUGGCUUCGGGAGCGGCGGGCGCCAUAGCGGUUUUGGGUGGCAAUACGGGGUCCCUGGUGGGCGUGGCCAUCUCAGCCUCCCUGCUGCCACCUGCUGUUAAUGCCGGACUUCUGUGGGCCCUGGCCGUCGGAGUUCACGUACUGCCGGACGACCAUGAGCCCCUGGCCAGCCUGGUGAAGCACAGGUCGUACUCCUCCCAGCUUUCCAUUGAGCUACUAGUUUGUGCAGUUGUCAGCAUGGCCCUCACCCUCCUUAACAUAAUUUGCGUUUGGCUGAUGGGAGUGGUGGUUUUGAGGAUUAAGGAGGUGGCUCCAGCGGUUCAGCGGCACCAGAAGUUUUGGCGUCAUGACGUCCGCACAGCACGCGAGGUGGCGCUAGAUCCAGCCCUACAGAGCGCCAUAGAUCGCCUGGACAAGUCGCAACUGGAUUCGGACGCGGCACACUACCAGCGCGUCUGGUCGCCAGGGCUCGGUCGUCAGACCGCCUCGCACACAGGAAUUGGGAGCUAUGACAUUAACCUGUCCUGCAGCAAGGAUCAGCCGAACAACUUUCACACCGUGCAUGGCUUCCAGGAGUUCUGCAUCACGCUGCAUCGACUAAAGUCUGCACCCAAGGUCGUCCCACCACCGAGUAUAAUGGAGCUGUUUACGCGCGAGGCUCCAAACUCCGACCAGACCAAGACUGGGGGCAGUGUCUUCAGCAGCUGCCGUAGUCUGCCGAACCAUCGCGUCUGGCCAGAUGGACCAUCCAGUGACAUGAGUAUCCAAGGUCUGAUCUUUGGUGCAGCCAAGAGCGGGGAACCUGGACCCGCUGUCCCUACAGCAGCGAGUUCAAACAGGGAACGCGAAAAGAUGAAUGUCCACUGGCAGGAGGAGGAACUACAGGAGGACCUCGUCCUAAGAAGGGAGAUCCUGAACAGCAGGGAGAGCAGUCCGCUCAGAAGACCCGGACAUGUUCUGAUACCCCUGCCCAGGCUAGAAGGCACUUUCUUGGUGGAUCGGCCUCUGAGCCUGUUGACCUACGGCAGGUCAGAGGGAGCGAGCCCCGGGGAAAAGCAAGACGAGUUCCAGGCUUAGCAAUGUGCUCAGCCCCAAGUCAUAGCCUUGAACCUAACACCACCAGGCACCAGCCACCAGACACCAUCAAGAGGUCCGCAAACAUCCAAGAUGAAGCCUCGAGCUUCGUGUCCAGCUUUGAUUACUUGCCGAUCCGGCGGCAGUGUCCUUGUUUGCCAACCACUUCAAGCCGCAAGCUCUGGCGGUCGUGAAAUAUCAAAAAAGUUGUUUAUACUAUGAACUAUAUAUAAAGCAAAGAACAAAAUGGUAACAACCAUGGAUGGAAAAAAAUACAUAGAAGCCUCAACAGCACACAAAGCUGGUGCUGCGAUGCAGUCCAGUCCAGUGGAACCAGUUAAUU